AUGUCAGAUAUAGCUAAGGAUAAGGCAGCACGCCUGUUAAAGAAAAGAGGCAGCGUAUCCUCUCUAAGCAGUCAUGAAGUCAGAGCAAAAGAAAUCAUUGGAAAAAACAAAGACUCCAUGAGUACAGUAUCUUAUAUGGAUGAACCUGGCCAUGAUAUUCCUCGUCUUGCCAUUCAGUUGGAGAACACUUAUCAGCUGGGUCCUGCAAAACGUUUUCCAGUGGUCACAGUAAAUAAUAUUUUGAAGGAUGUGCUGACUAAUUAUCUUCAAGAAGAAAAAUAUGAAGCAGAGCUAUGCAGACAAAUGACCAAGACCAUCUCUGAGGUUAUUAAGGCUCGGGUAAAAGACCUUAUGAUACCAAGGUACAAAAUUAUUGUGAUUGUACAUAUUGGACAACUAAAUGAACAGAGCAUGCGAAUUGGAAGCAGAUGCAUUUGGGAUCCUGCGAGUGAUACGUUUUCAUCAUAUGCUUUCAAAAAUACCUCACUGUUUGGUCUUGCAAAUGUCUAUGCUGUUUAUUUUGAAUAA